AUGAGCAGCUUCACACGGCGUCCCACCCAUGGGUCGACCAACUCGUCGACAUCUGGCUCCUUGUUACGACGACCGGGCUCAGCGAUGGGGAUGCCUCGGCCGGCGAACCUGGUGCACACCUCGGCCGUUCCCUCGGGCUCGUCGUCGAAUGGUGGUCUGAAUGCCUCGACCACUUCCAGUCUCAACUCACCGACAACAGCGCACCUCACCAAGGCACUCAAACCCCCAGUGGGUGCAGAAGUCGAGAACAACAUCAACGUCGUCGUACGCGUUCGGUAAGGAUCAGAUGCACACGUGAUUUUUACCCCGCGUUAUCUUGCGCAUCUUCCGGCUGAUCACAGAAUGAACCAACUUCCUCAGUGGACGAUCGUCGGCCGAAGUAGCAGCUAGAGAGCCUCUCGUCGCCGAAGUUGAUGGCCUACGAUCUCCAAACGUAACCCUGGUCAACCCCAAUGCUUCGACCUCAUCCUCGUCCUCCGCUGCUGCUUCAGCUUCGACGCUUCCCUCGACCAAAACAUACGACUUUGGAUUCCGACCCGCGCAUGGCAAAGCCGAACCGGUCGGCAAUGUCUUUGGCCCCGACGCCGAUCAGGUCAUGCUCUACAACGAUGUGGCCAAGCCCAUUCUCGAUCAAGUCUUGCAGGGCUACAACUGCACCAUGUUCGCUUAUGGCCAAACGGGGACAGGCAAGACGUGAGUGCCGUCGUGAGAAUCAGAGAGGCCGGGAGACUGACUAAUCGGAUCGGUCUUCUCUCGCAGGUACACCAUGGAAGGCGAUCUCUCCGUCACGAAUGGCUACUCGAUCUCGCCUCAAGCCGGCAUCAUCCCGCGCACGCUCUACUCGCUCUUCGCCAAACUGUCCGAGGACCAAGCCGAAUUUGCCGUCAAGUGCUCCUUUCUCGAACUGUACAACGAAGAACUGCGCGAUCUCAAUGCGUUAGACUACACUGAUCCUGAAACGACAACUCCAAGCACGACUACUGCCAAGACAGCUCCUGCACCGGCGGGAUUGAAGAUUCAGGAGGACGGUAAGACGGGCGUGGUCGUCCAAGGCUUGGAGGAGACGAUGAUCAAGACGGCCGAGGAAGGCAUCAAGGUGCUCAAGAGGGGAUCCGACAGGCGGCAGGUCGCUGCGACGAAAUGCAACGACCGAUCGAGGUGCGUCCAACGCGAUCACGCAGUUUGAUCCACGAAAACUGAUAUGAAGCCUUGAUUCAUUGCAGUCGCUCCCACUCCAUCUUCACCAUCACCAUUCACGUGAAGGAAAACUCCACGCGGACAGGUGGCGAGGAUCUGCUCAAAGUUGGCAAGUUGAAUCUUGUCGAUCUAGCGGGAUCGGAAAAUGUCGGGCGAUCGGGAGCGACGAACGGUCGCGCGAGGGAGGCGGGCAACAUCAACGCGAGUCUGUUGGCUUUGGGACGAGUCAUCAACAAGCUCGUGGAGAAGGCCCCGGGGGCCAAGAGUGGUGAGAAGACUCACAUCCCGUAUCGGUAAGUGAAUGUGCAACGCUCUUCACCUUAUCAGAAACCUCACUGAGGCUUCGCCACGCCGAUGCCCAGGGACUCCAAGCUCACCCGACUGCUUCAAGAUUCUCUCGGUGGCCGGACUAAGACUACCAUCAUCGCCGCCAUCUCGCCCGUCAAUUUUGACGAAACCAUCUCGACCCUCGACUAUGCCUCGAAAGCGAAAUCAAUCCAGAACCGACCUGAAGUCAAUCAACGCAUGUCAAGGAACCUCCUACUGGGCCAAUACGCCAGCGAGAUCGAGCGGCUCAAGCAGGACCUCGUCGCUACCCGACAAAAGAAUGGGAUUUACUUCUCGGCCGAGUCGUGGGAGAUCUUGUCGGCUGAACAAGAGGCGGCUAGGGUUGGAUUAUCAGAGUCGAGACGAGCGCUCGAGCUGUGCGAGGCGCGAGUUGAUGCGGUCAAGGAUCAGUAUGAGAUGAGCUUGAGGUUGGUUGGGAUGAGGGAAAAGGAGUUGAAGCAGGCUGCCGUCCUUUUGGAUGAGGUGAGGGACGAAGUGACGUCGCUGAUGGGGCGCCUCGAAGAGCGGACGCGCGAGCUGGAUGAGGCCACAUUGCUGGGCGACGCUAGGGAGUGCUCGAGGCAGGGCUGGAGGGAUACCGCUCGUGUUGCCGUCAGCCAUGUGUCGCUACUUUACGACAAGGUCGACCGCAAGACCAAAGUCGAGCAGGACAACUUGGUCAUCGUAUCGACAGGGGAAAAGGCGCUGACGACGCGGACCAAGAGCCUCGCCAAGUCCCUGGCCUCGUUCGCUCACACCCAUGACAGUACCGUGCUCCGUGGGAAGAAGCGUUUGGCCGACACGAUCGAACGUGGUCAACAGGCAACUGCUUCGACGAUUGCUUACGUCGAGCAACAGAGUGUGGCGAUGAACGAAAGGGCACAAUCUGCGCUCGACCUAAUGGGCCGACUGGAAACGAGAGGCGAAUACUUUGCGAGCGCCGUCGAGAUUUCGCGGGAGGAGCUCGCUGCUGCGCUCGUGCAAGCGAGUGAAGCUCUGGUGGCGACGAACCGAGAAGCAACCGAGCUGCAGCGCCGGGUCGCUAUGUUGCGAGCCGAAGUAAGUCGGCGUGUACUGCAAAUCCUCAUGGACCAAGUGACUGACCACUCCCCGGCUCGUAGCUCUUGACGGUGCAGGAGCUUGCCAACCCAGUUCGUGCGUUGCAGGCCGACCUGGUGCCGACUUUGAAGAAAGAUGCAAACGCCUUGCGAUCGGCGCAGGAGGUCGACCAAGCCUACUUUAAGUCGGUCUCGAAUCGAUCCGCUCACCUGCGACAAACCGAAGCCGCUUGCGCAGUCGAGGAGCGGGAGUCGUUCGCCCGGGAAACGAGCGAGAUCGUAGAUGAUUUGACGCAACAACUUUCGGGCGUCUUGUCGAGCGCCUACGUCGAGCGCUUCAUCACCCCUUUGCAGGAUCGCUUGAGUGCGUGGUCAGACCGGCACUUCCUGACGCGAGAAGCGCAAAGCUCUCGGCUGAAAAAGGGAUUGGAAGCACUCGACCUGGACACGGCCAAGGCGAUGGAAGAACGAGCGGGGAUUCUGGACGGGCUCGUGGAGAGCAAUGGACUAGUGCCGAAGCAGGUGGAGCAAUGUGCCCGAGCAGCUGAAGUGGCUGCGCAGAAGAGGCAGAAAGUCAGUCCUCCCUUUUCGCCACUGACCGAGUCGCGGUGCCGUACAUUGACCCAAUUAUUGCUUCCUUCAAACUGCAGGAACUCGUCCAGCUUUCUGGCUCCGUCGAGCAGGCCCUUAAGUCGUGUUUGGCGGGCGUCCAUGCCCAAGGCGAGGAACAGAUUGGUACACUUCGUCUCACGAAUGAGCGACUGGCAACCGCUUCCACCGAACGUGAGUGGCUCUCGUCCCCAACUGGCUUCAAUUCUUGCAGUCAACGCCUGACUCACAUCGACAAACUGAUUACUAGAUCAAUCUGGCUCAGCGGAUUGCCAAGCCAAGCUGGACAAGGAGAUCACUGCGCUCGUGGAGGAAGCUGGCGAUAGCUUGAUCAAAGUCGCUCAGGCGCACGAGGUCACUCGGGAUAUGUACACGGAGGAGUUGAUGACCGCACGUGAGGAUGUGAGUUGCGGGGAUCAUCGGCAUCCGCCAGCGCAUCCCACUUGCUGACCACUCGACUCGUGAUUACCCCGCACCCGCAGCUCAAAGCCUUGUCAUCAUCCGCCACGGAACUUGUCUCCUCUUCGUCUUCGAGCAUCACUCAGAUGCAGAAGGACGUCAAGACGUAUCUCGCAAGCUCGUACAACCACGACGUUUCGACUGGCGCGACUCCCCUUCGUCGGCAGUGGGCUCAGGAGGCCGUUCCUCAACUCGACGGCACACCAUCGCGGGUUAUCGAUCGAUUGCGACGAGCUCAAGAAGAGGGGAGCUUAACAAUCCGACCUACACCAGCAUCACCCGUUCGACACCACGAGGUCGAAUGCGGAGAAGAGGUCGAAAGAGAAGACAUGAUCGUUGAGGAUAAUUACCGCGCACCGACACCGCCCUCGGUGGAGGAGACGUCCGCCGUCCUCGAAGUGCCUCCGUUAUCACCAAUCAGCGUGAUCCCUCGAAAACGGAACACGCUACUGGACGCCAAGAUUCACAUGCCCCUACAAGUGCUCGAGAGCACGAACCUCAACAUGAGGACAAGCCGAUCGCGGCGCCGAGGCUGA